AUGGACUCUCCUACCCCUGAGAAGCAGCCCGCCAGUUCGACAUCCGAUGGGAACGGCGGUUCACCACUGGUUGAGAACCAACCCACCGAGGAUAAUCGGCAGACGCAACGAUCAAACAUCCUCAUAUUCUCUGUCUUGAGUCUCGUCACUCUCACCCAUGCCUUCGACGCAACCUGCAUUUGUGUCACCCUUCCGGCCAUUGCUUCGGAUCUUGACGCAAGUGUAUCAGAAAGUUUGAGCUUGGGCACAACCUUCCUGUUGACUACUACCAUCACGCAGCCCAUCUUCUCGGCGCUGUCCCACGUCGUGGGUCGGAAGCCCGCCUACUUGGGGUCUCUGGCUAUCUUCAUCGGCGGCACGAUCGUAUGUGGCCUCGCCCGGAACAGCACUGUACUCCUCGUCGGCCGCACGGUCCAGGGUGUUGGUGCUGGAGGCCCUCAGGCGCUGUCUGCUGUGAUCCUGACGGACUUGUUCGCCGUGCGCCAGCGAGCGCGAUGGGUGUCAUUCUUGAACAUCCCCUGGGCUCUGGGAACCAUCGCAGGGCCGCUUAUUGGGGGUGUCUUUACGCAGAAUGAGAAUAUUGGAUGGAGAUGGAUCUUCUGGAUCAACCUCCCAAUGCUGGGAGCGAGUGUGAUAGGGGCGUCCAUUCUACUGGGAUACGACAAACCUCAGCAGCGAGUUUGGCCUCUACUUGCGCAAAUAGACUGGAUUGGUAUCACCCUGUUCGUGAUAUCCGCUGUGGCCCUCUUGCUCCCGUUGAGCUGGGGUGGUUCGUCCUUCUCCUGGAAAUCCCCCCAAAUCAUCACCCCGAUGGUGGUCUCAGCCAUGGGCUUCAUCACACUGGGAGGUUACGAGAGGUGGUACGCUAAGAACCCCAUGUUUCGUCCCAGCAUGUUCCGCAACUACUCGACGAUCAUGCAGUUUGUCAACACGAUGAUCCACGGUGUUAUCAUGUGGAUGGUACUCUACUACAUGUCUCUCUUCUAUCUCGGAGUCAAGAGCCUCUCGCCAGCCAUGACGGGUGUCUGGGCCCUCCCGGCCACUCUGACCGUGGCCCCGAUGGCUUUGGUAGUGGGAAUUGUCGUAUCUAAGACGGGACACUAUCGCUGUUUUCUCUUAAGCGGAUGGUGCCUAACCAUCGUUUCGCUCGGCCUCAUGAUUCUCAUUGACCAAGAUAUGCCCGACGGGGCUUUAAUCUCAAUCACCAUGGUCCUAGGCAUUGCGAUGGGCAGCGUAAUCCCGGCCAUGUCAGUCGGUGUCCAAGCAACGGUAGAUAGAGUCGACGCUGGGCACGCCAUCGCAAUGAUCUGUGUCCUGAGAUCGGCAGGUCAGUGCCUAGGCGUUGCCAUUGGGCUCAGCGUCUUUUCCAGCCGGCUCCGGUUGGGACUCGAGGAGCUCGGCCACGGCAAAGACGCGGCCCAGGACACGAUGAAGGCAAUUCGACACUCCCUCAAGACCGGGGGCCUUGCGGACGCCGCCAUGCUCGAUGCCGUGGUCACGGCCCUAAGCUCCGUCUGGGUAACAGGCUGCGCAAUAGCGGCCGUGGCAGGGAUUCUGGCGGUAUGUACGAAAUGCCCCCGUCUCCCACCAGAUGAGGCGGGCCCUCCACUCCGUAACCAAGCCACCGGCUCCCCCCAGGCGGAGAAGAAACUCGAUAAGCCCCAGGAACGAAGCUCGGGGCAUUGGCGACCCGGGACAGCACUACACCCGUAGAUGGCGUCAAGUCCGGAGAUGGUGUCAAGAGGCAUGAACAACGUGGCUGGGAAUGGCGAGAUAUCCCUUUCAUCGUGGCCCAAGCUUGAGCGCAAGAUGAGAUGAAAACAUUUCUUGGGCCACCCUCUAGCGGCCAGUGCUUUGAGAAUUAGAUAUGGCAGCGCAACCGCAAGCUGAAGGAGCGAGAUUGCUGAGGGCCCCCCCAACCACCU